AUGCCUCCACGGAAUACGUAUAAAAAAGUCAGUUCAAAACGUCAAUAUAACACACAUUAUGAGCCAAGUUUCUUACGGCGUGAAGAAACUACCAAUGAUGAAGGAGGGUUUCAGGGCCGUGGUUUGAAAACAGAGCUUCACUCAGCCUUAAAGUCUUCGAAUUUGAAUCUAAUCCGAAGAAACUAUCAAACUGGUGAAAAUCCGUAUCUAAGUGACCCACAUGAUCCAAGCUCGUCGAGUAGAAUUAAUAGGCGUUAUGAACGAGGUCUGAAGUUUUACAAAAAGGGAGAAAUCAGCAAGAGAAUUGCCGAAGAAAGAAUAUUACAAAAGCAUCAGAAGGAGAAAGAAUUUGAAAUAAAACUAAAACAGGAAGAAGACGAGAAGGAAAAAGAAAAAUUAAUCGAAUCAGGUGAUUUGCCCAACUUAAAAUUACAUGAGGAUAAGUUCGUACUAAAUUUGUCAAAGUUUGAAACAUACUAUAAUAAUAACCAUGGCUAUGAAUGGUGGGACACGGUUUAUUUGGAUGAGAAGGGUGAGGUGAUGGAAAAGUAUAACAUGAAGGGCACAUCGCCCGUCGAAGAAAAGCCAGCAGGCGAUGUUGAUGAACAAGACGAUGAUGAUGAUGAGCAUCCCUCUAUAAGAUAUGUAACACAUCCUUUGCCUGAAAAAAUUAACGAGGCGAAGGUAUCGACUAAAGCAUAUCUAACACAGCAUGAAAGGAAAAGAUUAAGGAGAAAUAGAAGGAAGAUGGUAAGAGAAGCACUGGAGGUGAAGAUUAAGUUAGGACUAUUACCUAAGCCUGAACCGAAAGUUAAACUAAGCAACAUGAUGAGUGUCUACGAGAAUGACCAAAACAUAACGGAUCCAACUGCUUGGGAAAAAGGAGUGAAAGACGAAGUAGAACUCAGGAAAAGAAAGCAUUUGGAAGAAAACGAAAGGAGACGCGAAGAGGCUAUUAAAAGAAGAAAAGAAGCAGUCAAUAUGAGCAAUGAAAAGCCAACAAUAUACUAUUGUAAGGUGUUCCAGUUUAAAAACUUGCAGAACCCAAAAAUAAGGUUUAAGUUGAAGAUGAACAGUAAAGAGUUAUCAUUGAAGGGUUUAUGCCUUCGCAUACGUGACGACGGGCCAGGAAUAAUCAUAGUUGUAGGUGACGAAAAAUCGUGCAAAUUUUAUGAAAAUUUGGUGAUGAAGAGGAUAAAAUGGAAUGAAGACUUCGAGUUGCGCACAAAUACUGGUAAUAUAAAGAUGGACAUGCAUAAUAAUUCGAUAGCGAAGAAGUGGGAAGGCUAUUUAAAAGAUUGUAAAUUUAAAGGCUGGUUUAUGAAAGUAUGCAAUGAUCAGGAUUCUUUAAUACGUACGCUGGGUCAGUUUGAUUCGGAGCAUUUUUACUCACCAGUUCAAACGUGA